AUGGCCGAGGUCUACGCCCCACCGGCGCCGUUGAAAACGCCCUUGCGGAUCUUUGCCAUGGACGGCUUAGCUGCUGGCCAUGGUAUGCAUCGGCACAAAGAGGCAUGGCUGGUCUCGCUCAUCGGGCGAAAGGUCUGGUGGGCGGCUCCCCCGUCUGCCGAGCCCGCAGAGAGCAACUCGGAGGGGCGCCCCGUUUUCCCGUACAAGGCCAUGGACAGGGAGGAGGGCGGCUGGCCUUGCGCCUGGCUCUUGGACGAGGCCCGCGCGCCGCCUGGCACCCGCCGCUGCGUGCAGCAGUCGGGCGAAAUGGUGGUUCUACCAUCCGGCUGGUGGCACAUGACAUGCUCGCUCGAUGAGCUGAAUCUGGCGGUCGGCGGGCAGGAGGCUUGA